AUGGCGCAGAAGUAUCAUCGCAGUCGGUGUCAUCGGAACAGCGCUGUUCUUCCCGUAGAGCGUAGCAGGGCAGCUAUGAAGGCAGUCGUCAUCGUCCUAUCUUCCCUUGCGGCUUUGGCCCACGCUGGCGACGUCGGCGGCGGUUACGGCGGCGGUUACUCCGGUACUGGCCAAGAAGCGGAACUGCACGUUGCCGAUGGAGGAUUCGGUGGUGGUCACUACGCUGGUGGACACGGCGGGUUCGGCAACGGCGUAGAGUUCGGCGGUGGACACGGUGGUGGUCACGGAGUACACGAGGGCGUAUCCGAUGGACGUGUUGUUCGCGUCGGUCGCCCUUCUCAUAAGCACCUCGCGACUAUAUCCAUAGUCAAGCAGCCGGUAGUGAAGCAAAGCUACGUCACUCGUCGAGUUGUCAAUCACGUACGGGUUCCCGUGACCACUGUGUGGCAGAACGUGAGACCGAUUGUUCGAAGUCACGGCGGAGGAUACGGGGGGUACGGUGUCGGCGGGGGCCACGGUGUUGGAGGAGGAUCCGGCUUCGCUGGAGGCUACGACCAUGCAAGUGGACAAGGGCUGGGUGCAGUCUACGGCUUCGGUGGUGGAAGUGGCCAUGGUGGAGGCUAUGGAGGUUUGGGUGUGGGCCACGGUGUGGGUGGGAACUAUGGCAAAGGGUGGCAAUGA